AUGCUACCUGAUCCUAUCAACUUACCCAAGUGGAUUGCUGAAAACAAGCACCUGCUCAAACCUCCUGUAAACAACUUUUGCAUCCACCGCGGAGGGUUUACCGUCAUGAUUGUGGGUGGCCCAAAUGAAAGAACAGAUUACCACGUUAACCAAACUCCUGAAUGGUUCCACCAACUACAAGGCCAUAUGACUCUCAAAGUUGUCGAUGAAGGCAAGUUUCGUGACAUUGAAAUUGGCGAAGGCGAGAUUUUCCUGCUUCCUCCUAAUACCCCCCACAAUCCGGUCCGGUAUGAAAACACAAUCGGCCUUGUGGUCGAACAAGACAGACCCACAGAUCUUCAUGACGCCAUCCAAUGGUACUGUCCUGAAUGUAAAGAGCUUGUUUACCGUAAAGAGUUUCACAUGCACGAUCUCGGCACUCAGGUCAAGGAAGCCAUUGAGGAGUUUCGUUCAAAUGAAGAAGCACGCAAAUGCAAAAAAUGUGGCCAUGUUAUCAAUUAA